AUGGCCGUAUCAGCCAGCACCAUUCGAAACAUUGCGCUGAUGUCUCAUAGCGGCGCCGGCAAGACCACCCUUGCCGAGAUCAUUCUCUACAAUGCCAAGGUCACAACCCGCAUUGGACGGGUGGAGGACGGCAAUACCGUAUCUGACUACGAACCCGAAGAGGCCAAACGCUCGGCCAGUGUGCAAGCCAGCCUGCUGCGUGUUACCGACGGUGAUAACAAGCUGAACCUGCUGGACACCCCCGGCUAUGACGAGUUCCUCGGCGAGGCAAUCGUCGCCAUGCGGGUCGUGGAGUCGGCGGUAAUUCUCGUUGCGGCGCCGACCGGCGUGGACGUUGGCACCGAACGAGCCUGGGACAUGGCGCAAGGCCGCGGUUUGCCCGUCGCCUUCGUCCUCAACAAGAUGGAUCGGGAAAACGCCAGUUUCGAGCGGUGCGUGCAGGAAAUCCAGUCGAUUUUCGGCAACAAGUGCGUGCCCUUCCAGCUUCCCAUCGGCGAAGCCCAAUCCUUCACCGGCCUGUCGAUGCGUCGGGCCCCGCUGGCCGCGCUGGUGUUCAAGACCACCGCCGACCCGUUUGUCGGCAAGUUGUCCAUGUUCCGCGUGUAUCGCGGCACGGCCAAGUCCAACGGCGAAGUGUACAACCCCAACAAGAACCAGUCCGAACGCCUGAGCCAGUUGUACUUCCCCCAGGGCAACAGCCAGGAAAAUGUAUCCGAAAUCGUGGCCGGCGACAUCGGAGCAGUUGGCAAGUUGAGCUCCACGCUCACCGGGGACACCCUUUGCGCCAACGACAACCGUAUAACGCUGGACGGCAUUGAUUUCACCCACGGCUUCUAUUCUCUGGCGGUGUAUCCAGCCACGCAGGCCGACCUGGACAAGAUGUCCACCUCACUGGCCCGCAUCGUUGAGGAUGACCCCAGCCUGCGGUUCACCCGCAACCCGGAAACCAGCGAAAGCCUGUUGACCGGCAUGGGCGAAGUUCAGAUCGAAGUCGCACUGGAUCGCAUCAAACGCAAGUUUGGCGCCAGCCUCAACGUGCGUCUGCCCGUGGUGCCCUACCGCGAAACCAUCACGCAGAUUACCAGUUCGGAAUACCGCCACAAGAAACAGACCGGCGGCAGUGGGCAGUACGGCCACGUAGUUCUGCGCCUGGAACCCAAAGACCGGGAUGAAGGUUUCGAGUUCGGCAACGAGGUGGUCGGCGGGCGAGUGCCGAGGGAACUCAUUCCGGCGGUGGAAAAAGGCGUGGUCAACACGCUGAAAGAAGGUGUGCUGGCCGGCUUCCCGGUGGUCGACAUGAAGGCCAUCAUUUACGACGGCAGCACGCACCCGGUGGACGGGAAACCCAUCGCCUUUGAAAUUGCCGGCAGCCAGGCAUUGCGCCAGGGCAUGACCAAGGCCGCACCGGUGCUGCUGGAACCGGUGGUCAGGCUGUACGUAACCGUGCCCGAAAACUAUACCGGCGACAUCAUCAGCGACCUCAACAGCAAACGUGGCCGCAUUUUGGGCAUGGUUCCCGAGACCCGCUACACCAUUAUCGAGGCCGAGGUGCCACACGCCGAGGUGCAGCGAUAUUCGCAGGACUUGCGUUCGCUCACCGGCGGGCGCGGUUCCUACCGUUUUGAGUUCGACCACUACGAGCAGGUGCCGCAAAAUAUUGAGCAGCGCGUGAUCGACGUUGCGAAGCAGGCCAAGGCCGAAAGCCGUGCCUAG